AUGGAAGAGGCAGAGGUGGGCUGGGAGGACUUCGAAGCCUGUAGAAAAAGAGUGUGCCUAUGGCAUAGAGAAACAGCAGGGGUGUUCAUUGCUGCCGAAAGCACCUCAACUCUUGCUGAGGUGAGGGGAGAAACCACGCCCAGCCUGCCAUUCCCAGGAGGCCUCGCCCACCCUGACCCGGUGCCCUCCUCCUUCCCUCUCACCCUUGGGGCCCAGCCCUUGGUGGUGGGGUCACCAGCCCCGCCUGGAAGACCCGGCAGAGGAAACGCAGCCCUUCCCAGCGCGAGGCGGGCCAGGUCCAAGCGCCUGCCACCUCUUGCUUUUAAUCACACUGUUGGCCACAUAAUGCUCUCCGAACACAAAGACGUCAAGUUCAAUUGCUCCAUCAGUAUACCUAACACGUACCAGGACAUCCAUAUUUCUUGGUGGAAAGAUGGGAAGGAACUGCUUGGGGCACAUCAUGCAGUUACUCACUUCUACCCCGUUGAUGAAGCGACAGCAGUGAUCGCAUCCUUCAGCAUAAUGAGUGUGCAGCGUUCGGACAGCGGGGCUUAUAGCUGUAAGACGAAAAUAAACAAUGAAGAGAUUGUGUCUGACCCCAUCUACGUCGAGGUACAAGGACUUCCCUACUUUACCAGGCAGCCCGAGAGCAUGAAUGUCACCAGAAACACUGCCUUCAACCUCACCUGUCAGGCCGUGGGCCCGCCCGAGCCCGUCAGCAUCUCCUGGGUUCAGAACGGCAGCCACGUGAAUGGAAGGACAGAAAAAUCUCCGUCUGUGCUAACUGUCCCUGGUCUGACCGAGACAGCGUUCUUCAGCUGUGAAGCCCGCAAUGACAAGGGCCUGGCCGUGUCCCAGGGCAUACAGGUCAACAUCAAAGCCCUUCCCUCCCCACCAGCGGAAGUCCGCAUCCAGAACAGGAGCGCACACAGCCUCAAGAUCUCCUGGGUCCCCGGCUUCGAUGGGUACUCCCCGUUCAGCAGCUGCAGCAUUCAGGUCAAGGAAGCUGAUCCUCUGAGUAACGGCAGUGUCAUGGUUUUUAACGCCUCCGCCUCUCCACCUCUGUAUGAAGUGGAGCAGCUGCGGGCUCUGGCGAAUUACAGCAUCGGCAUGUCCUGCCGGAAUGAGAUCGGCUGGUCCGCCUGGAGCCCUUGGAUCCUGGCCAGCACGACCGAAGGAGCCCCGUCGGCAGCACCUCUGAACGUCACUGUGUUUCUGAAUGAAUCUAGUAACGAGAUGGACAUCAGAUGGACCAGGCCUCCCAUAGAGCGGCAGGACGGGGACCUGGUGGGCUACCGGAUAUCCCACGUGUGGCAGAGCGCCGACGCCUCGAAAGAGCUAUCUGAAGAAGUCGGCCAGAACGGCAGCCAUGCUCAGAUUCCUGUUCACGUCCACAAUGCCACGUGCACAGUGAGGAUCGCCGCCGUCACCACGGGCGGGGUCGGACCUUUCAGUGCCCCAGUGAAAAUCUUCGUCCCCGCGCACGGCUGGGUAGAUUUGGCCCCCUCGUUGGCCCCAGCGCCUGGCAGCACAGACCCGGUGCUCAUUGUCCUCGGCUGCUUCUGCGGAUUUAUUCUGAUUGGCCUGGUUCUGUAUAUUUCUCUGGCCAUCAGAAAAAGAGUCCAGGAGACAAGGUUUGGGACCGCCUUCACUGGGGAAGAUGUGGAACUGGUCGUCAACUACACAGCAAAGAAGUCCUUCUGUCGGCAAGCCAUCAAACUCACCUUACGUAGCUUGGGGGUCAGCGAGGAGCUGCAGAGUAAGCUGGAAGAUGUUGUGAUUGACAGGAACCUUCUAAUUCUUGGAAAAAUUCUGGGUGAAGGAGAGUUUGGGUCGGUCAUGGAAGGAAGUCUUAGUCAGCAAGAUGGGACCUCUGAGAAAGUGGCCGUGAAGACCAUGAAACUGGACAACUUUUCUCAGCGAGAGAUCGAGGAGUUCCUCAGCGAGGCCGCAUGCAUGAAGGACUUCAGCCACCCGAACGUCAUCCGACUACUAGGUGUUUGUAUAGAAGUGGGCUCCCAAGGCACUCCGAAGCCCAUGGUGAUUUUACCCUUCAUGAAAUACGGGGACCUCCAUACCUAUUUACUCUACUCCCGACUGGAGACGGGAUCAAAGCACAUUCCUGUGCAGACACUGGUGAAGUUCAUGGUGGACAUUGCCCAGGGGAUGGAGUAUCUGAGCAACAGGAAUUUCCUUCAUCGAGACUUAGCUGCUCGAAACUGCAUGUUGCGAGAUGACAUGACUGUGUGUGUUGCGGACUUUGGCCUCUCUAAGAAGAUUUACAGCGGCGAUUACUACCGCCAAGGCCGCAUCGCUAAGAUGCCUGUGAAGUGGAUCGCGAUAGAGAGCCUCGCGGACCGAGUCUACACCAGUAAAAGUGAUGUGUGGGCAUUUGGCGUGACCAUGUGGGAAAUUUCAACUCGGGGGAUGACGCCCUACCCGGGAGUCCAGAACCACGAGAUAUACGACUAUCUUCUGCAUGGCUACAGGCUGAAGCAGCCGGAGGACUGCCUGGAUGAACUGUAUGAAAUAAUGCACUCUUGCUGGAGGGCUGAGCCCUUGGACCGACCCACCUUUUCCAUGUUGAGGGUGCAGCUAGACAAGUUCUUGGAAAGUUUGCCCGAAGUGCAGGACAAAGCCGACGUCGUUUAUAUCAACACAGCGUUUCCAGAGAGCGGGGAGGGGCCGGCAGAGGGCCCCCCACUCGCUCGGCUGGACAUGGACAUCGACGCCAACGCUCUCCUUGCUGCCUGCGCGUCCAACGCUGCGGUCAGCGUGGUCACAGCGCAGGUUCAUGAGAAAGGACCUCACGAGGGAAGGUACGUUCUAAAUAAUGGCAGUGACAACUGGGAAGACCUGGCUUCUGCCACCCCAGCGACAGGGACAGCGGGAAAGAACGGUGUUUCACUGGAGGACAGGCCCGGGAAUAGCGAGUUCUCCUGGUCCCAGUCCAGCAGGCUGCCCUUGGGGAGCCCACCGCCCGAUGAACUUUCGUUUGCAGACAACUCCUCAGAAGACUCAGAGGUCCUCAUGUGAGGACAGCCAAGAGACUCCCAAACCAGGGAGAUCCGUCUGCCUUAGAGAUCCACGUACACCCCAAGUUUCUGGUACCCAUCUUCCAGACCAAGUAAAUGCCACAGCCCGAAAGCACCAUGUGAAUGUUGUUCAGUACAUCAUUAAAAUGCAUAAUAUAUAUUUAUUUAAAGAGAAAGAUAUAUGUGUAUAUGGUGGAAAGAGACAUAGAUACUAUAUUUUAAUAAAAGAGGACUUAUUUUAUGUCACUUAUCUUGCAGAUUUUAAAAUUUAAGCUUUAACGGCCUCAUUUUUACAGCUUCUCCUUGAUGUUAACAUUUGCGCAAAGUUGUUUUUUUUUUAAAGCUGUUUUCGUUUUCCUGACUAUUAAAUGUAAAAACAUUUGUAAAAUGAAAAGCCGUAUUUGACUUUGCUUCUGGUCUCAUGAAAAAUCUGGUACUUCUCUGUGAAUCAACUGUUUUGAUAAGAACGCCUUUUUGAUAUUCAAAGUUUUAUAGCUGAUUAAUUCUUUGAUAUAACUUCCUAAUAAAAUAUGAAUGAGGAAG